UAGACCUUGCCCUUUUACCUGAGAUGUAUAUAGAUUCCCUUAAUCCCCAUUAUGCCCAUUAUCCUGCAUGUCAAACGGCCUCUUCCUCUUGCCACUGACGCCUCUAUUGGUCUCCACUCCCUGUCCUACCUCACCUCACCAUCUUCGAUCGACGGCUUGAUGUGAUCCCUCAAACCACCCUCUAAGCUCCCUAGGAGCUUUAUCUGGAAGCAAUUGGCAUAUAUUCUACCUCUACUCCCUCACCGACUUUCACGACUAUUCUGAUCGUGACUCACCCAUUACAUUCCAACUCCACAUGUUCAGACUAGCCUUGAAGUCGAGGGCCCUCUCCUAUCCUCUCACACUCAACUGUGCACUUUUUAUUGAGAACGUUCGGCUGCCAUAAACCUUUCCUCCGUUUUUUCUUCUCCAGGCUCUCCGACUCGAGAGGCUCUACCAUUAUGUCCGCCAACAAUGACAAUGCCAUGACGAGGUUCCUGUUCGCUAUCCUGCGACAGAAAAACCUCAAGGACAUUGACUGGAACACAGUCGCCCACGACCCGAUCCUAGCCCAGGAGAUCACGAACGGCCACGCCGCUCGGAUGAGGUAUUCGCGCUUCCGAUCCGCCAUGCUAGGCCUCGAACCGACGCGGAGGAACCGCACGGGGCCGCCGAAAUCCCGAGUCUCGAAGUCAAAGAAGGACCCGAAGGGGAAGAAAGACGAGGCCAUCAAGUCCGAACUGGCGCCCCAACGGCCCCCGACCCCGCCCCCGCUGCCCGAGUCGGUGCUCCGGAAGAUCAAGCAAGAGACGCCGCAGCUCAGCCUCGAGCCGCGACUCACUCCGGCGCGGACCCCGGCGCCGGCCUCGCUCGCGUCGCUGCCCAACACGCCCGGCCUGAUGAGCGCGGCCGCCGAGAUGCCGUCGCGGUUCCUCACGCCGUGCAGCGACCUGGACCUGUUCGCGCCGGCGGGGGCGCUGCCGCCCAGCCCGGGCAGCGACCUGGCCGGCGCGCCGCCGCCGCCGCCCGCCUUCGACUUCCACGGGCUGUCGGCGUGCCCCGAGCACGCCGACCCCGUGUGGCCGCACUCGCCGCUCGCGCCGCCGUGUGGCCCCUUCGCCCCCGCCUACCCCUUCGACGACUACGCCGGCGUCCUGUGCGAGCACCCCCACGUCCACCCCGCCCAGCUGCACCUCGGCCUCCCGACCCAGUCGAUCGAAUCCGACGCCGAGUACGCCGACGUAAAGCACGAGGACUGGGACCAGUACCACCACCAUUGAGGCCCGCGUGGCCAGUGGCUCGUAUGAUGAGUCUAGUAUCUGGGGUCCUGCGUAGCUACGAGGGCCUGUUAUUCACUGGGGGCUUCUUCGCCGGCGCAGCAUAAUCUGCCGUGAGGAUACUGCAUCGUGAUCUGGUUUUUUUGCAUCAGUCUGGCUGUCUAAGGAGAUUGG